GCCAUCAAGCCUAACACUAGCAUUCGUUGCAUUGAAUUCACACAAAUAAAUCGCGAUGGCAAGAGAUCUCGGGCAUACGAUGAAGCCCUGGAUUGAGGUUGCACCCUCGCUUCUGGUUUACCCUUGGAAACCGUCCAAUACCCCCAAGCUCGAGACCAUAUUUGAAGAGAGAGAUGAAGAAUUGGAUCAGUAAUAUGAUGGUCUUG